CUUUUCAUUCGCACCACUUUCACAAUGUUCGGCCUCGUACGCUACUCGGUCUCGCCACGGUUCCUGCGGCCCCUGACGUCGGCGCUGCAGCCAGCGAUCCACCACAACACAGCCCUGACGGCGACGAAUGUGCGGGGAAUGAAGGUGCGCUCGUCAGUCAAAUUAAUGUGCGAGUGCUGCAGCUUUGUGCGUCGCCGCGGCCGUCUGUUUGUCAUCUGCAAGAAAGACCCGAAGCACAAGCAGCGCCAGGGAUAAGCAACCGAUCUGUAAUUUUUUUGUCAGGAGCAAAAUACACGCCAUCCAUAACAACAUAGAC